CAGGUAGCGCCCUAUUCAAUAAAUAGAACUAUUCGCACAUUUAUUUCUUGGAACUGUCAUAUCACUGGCAGCUGUCAGUUGUGAAAAUUUUUCAUUUCAACUUUGAUCAUCAUUGUUCGAUACAUCCAAAACCGGAAACAAUUUAAUCAUCGAUUAACUUAAAAAAGGCAAUGGCAUCUGCACGUACUGCUCGAGGAUUACACAAACUAUUUGUAAGAAAUCUUCCUUGGACAGUGGGCAAUCAGGAGUUGCGCUCGUAUUUCAAGGAUUUCGGUAAAGUGAUUAACGCCAGCGUUGUCUUUGACAAGAAAACAGGCUUAUCCAAAGGAUACGGUUUUGUUACAUUCAAUAAUUUGUCAUUGUUGCAAAAAGUCGAAAACGAAUCGAGACAUUUUCUGGAAGGCAAUUAUCUGAACGUCCAGAAACAAAGUUAAAUCGAUCCAAUAAAAAUACAUUUUUCUUA